GGAAAAGGCGCGAUGCGAUCUGUAAGCUGCCAGAGUGGCAGCCUGAUGCCGUCGAGGACACUGCGCUCCUCGGCGAGGCACUGAGCGACAGCGUGUUUGGCAGCCGUAACUCGAGUUGGUGUCAUCCCAGCCCCUGUGUCUGUUGGUGCCCAAAGUGCUUUUCCCUGCAACAAGGUCCUUUGUGCCCGCAGCACUUGGCAGCCUUCUUCUGGGUGCUGAGCAGCGCAGGUGACCUGUGCAGAAAUGCUGCGCUACUGGGGCGAGAUCCCGGUUUCCUCCAGCCAGGCCAACCGCAGCUCCUUUGACCUGCUGCAGCGGGAGUUCCGCACCGUGGAAGUGCAGGAUCCCCCGCUGCACCAGCCGUCCGCCAACAAACCCCGUCCCACCACCAUGCUGGACAUCCCCUCCGAGCCCUGCAGCCUCACCAUUCACACCAUCCAGCUCAUCCAGCACAACCGGCGCCUGCGCAGCCUCAUCGCCGCCGCCCAGGCUCAGAACCAGCAGCAAGCAGAGGGCAUCAAAACCGAAGAGAAUGAACCUCUGCCAGCUUGUCCGGCCUCCCCACCUCUCCCCGAUGACCUGCUUCCUCUGGAUAGCAAAACCCCCAAAAUGCCAUUUCAGCUGAGGCACAGUGACCCAGAGAGUGAUUUCUACAGAGGCAAAGGGGAGCCAGUGACAGAGCUGAGUUGGUCCUCCUGCCGGCAGCUUCUGUACCAGGCGAUGGCCACGAUCCUGGCGCACACGGGCUUUGAGUGCGCCAACGAGAGCGUGCUGGAGACGCUGACGGACAUCGCGCACGAGUACUGCCUCAAGUUCACCAAGCUGCUGCGCUUCGCCGUGGACCGCGAGGCGCGCCUCGGCCACACGCCCUUCCCCGACGUCAUGGAGCAGGUCUUCCACGAGGUGGGCAUUGGCAGCGUGCUCUCCCUGCAGAAGUUCUGGCAGCACCGCAUCAAGGAUUAUCACAGCUACAUGCUUCAGGUUAGCAAGCAGCUCUCUGAAGAAUAUGAGAAGAUUGUCAACCCUGAAAAGGCAGCAGAAGACACAAAACCUGUGAAAAUUAAGGAGGAACCUGUUAGUGAUAUUACUUUCCCCAUAAGUGAAGAGCUGGAAGGAGAUCUGGCUUCUGGUGACCAGUCUUUGCCUGUUGGAGUUCUUGGAGGUCAAAGUGAGCGCUUCUCUGCCAACUUGGAAGUGGAAGCUUCCCCACAAACUUCAGGGGCUGAGGUGAAUGCUUCCCCACUGUGGAACCUGGCACAGGUGAAAAUGGAGCCACAGGAGAAUGAGGAGGCUAAUGUACAUGGCCACGGGGUUCUCGGCAGUGAUGUCUUUGAGGAACCAAUGUCAGGCAUGAGUGAAGCUGGGAUGCCACAAAGCCCCAAUGGCUCUGAGAGCAGCUAUGGUUCUCAUUCUGCUGACAGCCUGAUGGGAUCCUCACCUGUCUUCAACCAGCGCUGCAAGAAAAAGAUGAAGAAGAUGUGAAAAGGAACAAUCUUUUUAUUUAGUGCUGAUGGUGUGCAACAGACACUUGGAAGGAACUAGUAGAGUACUGUGAUGAUUCCAACACAGGGCUGGCCCUGGUGUGUGAGGGACCUGCAUGAAAUGGCUAUGAGAGGUUUGAUGUGUAGCCCCCUCUUUGCUGGCUUCUGUGCUCCAUGCUGAUUGAUGAGACUGAAGAGCACCCUUUGCAUUUGAUGGUGGUAUGGCUUGCUUUGGCAGAUUCAUGAGGAACAUGCCUGUGAAAAGCAGUUGUGAGGGGAUUUUCUAAGUUACAGAACCACUGAAUGCUUUUGUUUAAAGGGGCCUUGGGGCAUUUCUAAUCCAGCCUCUUGUUCAGGUCUCAGCCAGUUAGAGCAGGUUGCUAAGGACUUUGUCCAUUUGAGUAGCUACAAGGAUGGUGAUGCCAAUUCUCUCUGGGCAACAUUUUCCCAUCACAGUAAGAAAAACAAUAUAUUUGCAUCUAGUUGGAAUUUCCCAUGUUCCAGGUUGUGUUCACUGCCUCUUGUUCUGUUAUUGUUCAUCUCUGAGAAGAGUCUGACUGCCUUCUGUAACCCAGUUAUUAAGGGAUUAUAUACAAUGAGAUCUCUUUUUCGCCUUUUCUCUUCUUAAAUUUGGAGAAACCAUGUUCCCUGAGCUCUCCUUGCUUGUCCUGUGCUCUAGCCCCCAAACCAGCUCUGUGACCUUCCACUGAAAUUGCUGCAGUGCCCUUGUAAGGGGGAGCACAAAAAGGAAUGACAUCCUGCAAACUCUGUCUCACAAUCGCUGAGUAAAGAGGAACAACAAUUUCCCUCAGAGUGCUGGCUGCCUGCUUGCUGGCUGUUGUGGGCAGCAGGAGAGUCCUCAGUCAGGGUGUUUUAGUUGGAGAGCUGUCACUGAUGAUGAUGAUGGUGACGUAGCAAAGAUGCUGUAGCGUGGUCUCACAGUGCCAUUAGCCAGCUCCCUCAGUGCCUUCACAUUCAGCCUGUUGGUUCCAAUGGGCCCAAGUUCUCACUAACUCAGUCUUCCCCUGCUGUAGGCAAUGCUUUAUUCCUGUUAGAGCUGCUUGAAGGCUCGAGGACCUGGCAGGCCUUAAAGCAGAACUUGCAGUGAAAACAGGUGAAAAAGAUGUUGUGUACAUGAGCCUGAAAGUACAAAAACAUCCUUUGUUACCAUGUUGUUUGCAUUGUUAAACAGUAAACCAUAUUUUAUAUAACCUU